AAUUUCGCGCCCAAAAAAUUACAAUUUGUCCGACUCGAAUCAGAAUUCGGAGUUGUGUACAAAUUAAUUUGUGCUUACAUUUUACCUUACUUUUGUUAAAUUUGGUCAAAUCAUAAUCGCUUCAGUAGCCAGUAGCUAUGGAUUUAAAUAUAAAAAGAAAAUCCACAAAAACUGUCAUUAAAGGCAGCCUCGUAGAGACGUAUCCUCAUGAUCUUCAAAUGUAUAAAUUACCGCCUACCGAAGAAAUAUCUUUGCAAGAAUUUGAAACUUUAGCAUUGGAAAGACUUAUGUUAUUAAGAAGCUUAGCAACAGCUACUACUCUCAAAGGUUUUCGUGCGUUUUCGGAUGAAUGGAAGGAAUAUGUUCAAAAUGAACUUCGUAAUCAAGGUCUAAAAUAUUACGCCAAAUUAUGUGAAUAUACAAAGCAUGGAACGGAUGCUGAUUUGCAAGCAAGAAAAAAAGACCACAUUGCUCAUUUUAUACUUCGAUUGGCUUAUUGUAGAAAUGAAGAACUUCGUCGUUGGUUUGUUGCUCGAGAACUUGAGCUUUUCAAAAUGCGAUUCAUGACUAUGAACAGUGAAGCUGUCGACGCCUUCUUUAGACUUAAUAAUCUCAGUUACACUAACAUAAGCGACGAAGAAAAAAGUGGAAUUAUUAGUUUUUUGAGAGAGUCCACUGCACAUCAAAAUAUAGAAAAUAUGAAAUUUUACAAAGUGAAAUUUUAUGAAGUUCUUGAUUUAGUAAAAUUUAGGAAAGUGUUUUUAAGUGGCGGGUAUGCAUAUAUCCCUCACAAAGAUUUUGUCUCAGUACUCUCUGCUCAGUUUCGAAAACAUUUAAGACAUAGUUUAGCUGUUGCUUGUCAUCACUUGGGAGAGAUAGAACAGGACGAGCGUCUUGUCUGCUUAUUAAAAGGUUUACAUCAAUCAUAUACAGGGGCAGAUUAUGCUGACACAAAGGCAGUUGUGCCAAUUGAAAGUCUAGAUUCCCUGUCUGUGAAAUCAUAUCCUCUUUGCAUGAGGCAACUUCAUGAACAGUUAAGAUUGAGUCAUCAUUUAAAACAUGGAGGUAGACUCCAAUAUGGAUUAUUUUUGAAAGGCAUAGGUGUAACCUUGGAAGAUUCUUUGAGGUUCUGGAGGGAAGAAUUUACAAAAAUAAUGGAUUUGGAUAACUUUGAAAAACAAUAUUCAUAUUAUAUUAGAUAUAAUUAUGGUAAAGAAGGUAGUAAGAGGAACUAUUCACCACUAAGUUGCUUGAAAAUUGUAAAUGAGACUGUAGGGCCUGGCGACUGUCAUGGGUGUCCAUAUAGGCACUGUGAUGUCAGCAAUUUGAAAAAUAAAUUACAGGGCUAUGGAAUGGACCCACAAGCUAUUAGCGAUAUAGUGGACACAGCAAAAAAAGGACAUUUCCAAGUAGCAUGCAGUAAAUAUUUUGAUUCUGUGAACAAUGUUGAUUUGGGUUUGGGAAUAAAUCAUCCGAAUCAGUACUUUGAAGAAAGUCAGAAACUUUUGAAGGGAGAAAUCAAAGUAAUCAAAAAAGAAAAAGGCAACAUAAAAAAAGAAACAAUAGAGGAUCUGGAAUUCGAUGAAGAUUUUUGAAAAAGAUCUUAUUUACAUGUAAAACACACAAACAAUAACAGCUGAAAUUGCAUGGUAAACAUGGGCAUACAUAUAUUACUUCCUGUAAUUGACCUGUUUGUAUAUAAAUAUUUAGUAUUCACAUGGAAAAAAUCUAUGUAUUAUUUGUGUCAAAACAUGGGAGUAAAUAAAAAUCUUAAAAAAAAUGUUUAAAU